GCUGCAGCCAAGGGAAGUGGGGGAGGCGCGAGUCGGAGCGCGUGGGAGCGCUGGGGGACAGAGGUAAGGAGGGGGAGAGCGAGCCAGAGAGAGACAGGAGUGAGGCUCGCCGGGAAGCGAACACCAGCUCUGGAUCCCGAGCCCAGCAGCAGGCGGGGCAGAGACGGCAGUGCGGCAUCCUUUGCCUGAGUCUGUGCAGCCGCCGAGCUCCACUCCCGCUCCCGGCCAUCAGGGCUCCCAAGAAUGGAGGAUUCCCGGGAGACGUCGCCGUCCUCCAACAACUCCUCGGAAGAGCUCAGCUCUGAGCUGCAGCUGUCAAAGGGCAUGUCGAUCUUCCUCGAAAUACUGAGGAGAGCAGACAAAAAUGAUGAUGGAAAAUUGUCCUUUGAAGAAUUCAAAGCAUAUUUUGCAGAUGGUGUUCUGAGUGGAGAAGAGUUACGUGACCUCUUCCAUACCAUUGAUACACAUAAUACCAACAACCUUGACACAGAAGAACUAUGUGAAUAUUUUUCUCAGCAUUUGGGCGAGUAUGAGAAUGUACUAACAGCACUUGAAGAUUUAAAUCUUUCCAUCCUGAAGGCAAUGGGAAAAACAAAAAAAGAUUACCAAGAGGCUUCCAAUUUGAAACAAUUUGUAACUCGAUUUUUAUUGAAAGAGACCUUGAAUCAACUGCAGUCUCUCCAGAACUCUCUGGAAUGUGCCAUGGAAAUUACUGAGGAGCAAACUCGUCAAGAAAGACAAGGGCCAACCAAACCAGAAGUCCUGUCGAUUCAAUGGCCUGGAAAACGAUCAAGUCGUCGAGUCCAGAGACACAAAAUCUUCUCCCCCAACAGCCCUCAGUUUAAUGUCUAUGGUGCAGGCUUAUUAGAAGAAGAUAACCAGUGGAUGACCCAGAUAAACAGACUCCAGAAAUUAAUUGAUAGACUGGAAAAGAAGGAUCUUAAACUUGAACCUCUAGAAGAAGUUAUUGAAGGGAAUACUAAACCUCACAUCAUGCUUGUGCAGCGUCAGAUGUCUGUGAGAGAAGAGGACUUGGAAGAAUUCCAACUCGCUCUGAAACACUAUGUGGAGAGCGCUUCCUCCCAAAGUGGUUGCUUGCGUAUUUCUAUACAGAAGCUUUCAAAUGAAUCUCACUACACGAUUUACGAGUUCUGGGAGAACAGUAGUGUGUGGAAUAGCCACCGUCAGAUGAAUUAUAGCAAGACCUUCCAAAGAAGUAAUGUGGAUUUCUUGGAAACUCCGGAACUCACAUCUACUAUGCUAGUUCCUGCUUCAUGGUGGAUCCUGAACAACUAGCUGUUCCUUAACAUUUUCUUUAUGGUUCCAAGUAAAAAACAAUGUUCUUAUCUGAAAUGUGAAUUAGAAAAUUCUCUGUACUUAUUAAUCUACUCUCUACUUUUGUUUAAAUAUAUUUACCCUAAGAUGUGCACUCUUCUUAAAUGUCUUCUAUCAUUUUAUCUUUCACGUAAAUUUUAGCUCAACUUUCAAAGUUCACUAUUAUCCUCAAUAUUUGCUGCUGUAUUGCUACAUACAAUAAACCUAAAACCCUUUAGUCUCAAAAUCAUAAUAUAUGAAAAGUAUACAUAUAAAGUAACAAAAUUGUUAUGAUAGAGAAAAAAACAUUUAAAGUGAGAGCUUUUAGACUAUUACUUCAUAGAACAGCUUCUGUAGAUCUGUCAUAAACUAUAAAGGUUAAAUCAGUGUUUUGUGAUUUUUUAAGUAUCUGCUUUACCAUGAGUGAAAUGUAUUCUUCAGUAAUACCUACUCCAUUCCCAACUCAGGAUCCUAUAACUAUUCACUUUAUGUUACUUAAAAAGCUAAUACAUGAUCCAAUAUGACUGGUAUCCUUAUAUGCAGAGAGAGAGAGCAGGGAUGCAGUGCAUCCCUGUUGUUUAAGCUUAAAAAAACAUUAAUACAUGAGCAUAAACCAAUCUUCAUUAUAACCAAUAGAAUCUCUAUCCAUCUGUCAAGUUAUAAACUGGUUUUUCAUAAGUGAGCAAUUCUGUGACAGGGUACCAUUUAGUAAUGUAACACCAUUAUAUCAUUUGUUAAGAAAAUGUGGUUCAAAAUUUUUGGCACAUGAUCCAGAGGUCUAACUUUACUUAUGAAAAAUAGACAUUUGCAUUUAAAUAAUGAUUUCAAAAUAUUUUAAAACCAAAAUUUUAACCUAAGUGAACAAAGAAUUAUAAAACAAGUAUAAACUUUAGGGAAAUAAUAAAAUAUGUACUGGACAAAAAACAUCUAUUUUUCAGUUUCAACACUAGAAUGACUACAAUCCCAGUUUCACUAGAAAAACUAAAACUAUGUACCUUAUAUAUUCUGCUGUACAAGCUCAUAAAUUAAAUAUUUUUAAUAAAAUCUCUUUUAUUCUGAUAAAUGCUGCUAAUGAAAAUGCAAUGCAUAUAGAAAUUUGUUUAUUCUCUAGGCCAAAUUCCUCUGAAAACACAGGUCUUCCAGGAAACAAACAUAAGGUGAAUUUUUCCUUUUCUUUUUUUUUUUGACUCAGACAAAAAGGAAGGUUGAACUAAAAUUUUGUUUUUUAAAUAUAAAAGUUAACCUAACAUAUUUUCUCAAACUAACUUUUACCAACACCUUUGUGUACUCUCAGUCCUCAUUUAGUCUAAAUAAAAUUAAAGAAUUUUUAAUAGCUUCUACUAGAAAUAGGUAGUAAAUAUUGACAUACACACGUGUGUGUAUAUGUUUGUGUGUGUGUGUGUGUGUGUGUGGUCAUUUCUAAAGAUGAUAAACACUAUGAAACAACACCUGGCUCAACUCUUUUAAUUUAUAUACAAAGCAAAGAACAACAUGAAUGGAGAUGUACAAUGAUUAUUCAAAUAAGCUAUACAUAUGUACAAAGGCAAAUAGAUAAUAAAACAGUCUUUGCAGUCUCACUCUGAUUAUAUACAGUAAGAAAGGAUCAAAAGACUUUGAAACCUCGGGGACUUCUACUAUACAAACUCUUCUUGAAAACGCUGGUUAUAAAUGAUUUCAAAAAUAGAAAUUAUAGCUAAUCAAUAUAUUGUUCUGGCCAGUCCAUUUCUGUAUCAGAUUCAGAAAGUACAUCAAGUCUUUUGGAUACUAGGCACUUUCCAAAGUUAGGAUGGUAGUAUGACUUUAAAUGGGGUCUGCCCUCAGUAACAGUGCUAAAUGGAAGGGCUCUUUGGAUUCCAAAUUGGAAUAGGUUCGAUCAUAUUUUUUUUAACUAAAGUCAACAGACUUGGAUAAUAGGCAAAUAAUAAAGCAAACCAAUUUAAUUAUAUGGUAAUUCUGACCCCAGCUCUUUUUAAAUUACUUUUUUAUUGAGAUGACCCCAGCUCUUAUAUAAAUUACAUGUAUUUUUGUGUAUGUGUGUGUAAUCAUACACAUAUAAAUACUAGAAGCUAUAAUAUAAAGGGAAAUAGUAGGGCAAAAAUGAGUGUAAAAAACUGGGCCGUAGGUGUAAACUCAUUUUUAAGUAACCAAUAAAUUUAUGGCUAGUGAAGGUUCUUUUUUUUUUCCUACUUGAAAAGCAAUCUUUUUCUGGUGAACAAAGCAAUUAAAAGUAGUAUACUAAAGACCAAGUUGGGAAAUCUGCCAUGGACUAAAGUUUGAAUCUGGGUAACAAGUCUAAAGACCAGUGAAGAAAAAGGUACUUGUUUUAGGAGUUCAGAAUUCAGUUUAAGAUAAACUUUCUGCCAAAUGAUGUCCUUGAAUGCCUUGCCAAUAGACCCAGGGAUCUGAAAGAAUCUGAGGAUAGAACUAGGGAGAGUUUACACUUACCUUUAUAUGAGCAAUUCUUUGUGACACUGUGCUGGAACAAACUUUUCUUUUUAACAAGAGUGACAAAUUGCAGGAGAUUUAGUGUAUAGAAUUUCUAGGAGCUAAAAGUUUAAACCUCCAAAUUCUUCAUCCAUACACUUGUUAUAAGAAAUUACAGCACUGAAACUUAAUGCACCUCAAUUAUUUGCAAAUGCCUCAAUUAUUCCUCUUUUGGAAAUAAAAGAAUAUUAGACAAUGUUGUUAUUAUCACAAACCUACAGAACAAUCAUAUAUUUGAAAAGAAAUACUUCUUAAAAUAUUAUCCCUCCUAUCACUGAGAACUAUUCAUUGAACAUCCUGAAUCAUUCUAAACCUCUAGAGAGAUUGUAAUGAUCCUUUCAAGUGCUGGUAUGAAAUCAGUGGGAAACAAAACAAAAGCAAUUUUAAAAGCAACAAGAAAUUAUGUAUCAUAUAUACAUCAUAGCAUAUACUUUAUAUUUGAGAAUCCUUACAGCUUACAUUUUCAUUCCAUUAUUACAAGUGAUGAAAAACAAAAAUUGCAAGUAGCAUGCAAAUUAUAAAUACAGUCUUCCCAUUUCACUAACCAAAUUCCUACUUUCCAGUGUUACUUCCCAAUUUAUGCAAGAAACUGCCUGCAAAGCUGAAACUGAUUAGAAAAUUCUUUAUUGUUUAAAGUAUCUCUUUCUCAUUUUAGGAGAAACCAAAUAUCCAACCAUCAAAAUUAAAAAUAAAUUGAAUUGUUACAGUCUGUUACAGUUAUUGUUACUAGAUCCACUUCAUUUGCAGGUGUCCAAAAUAUAAAAUUAGUAAUUCUUUAUCUUGAAAUACAUACAUUCUCAAAAUGCUACUUAAAGCUUUGGUUGUUUUCCUGUAAUAGAGAAGAAAAAGUUAACUUAUCAAUUAGAUUGAAUGAAUGUACCUUUUACUAAUUAGUUUAUCAAACCAAAUGUUGUGACCUAUUGUUUGCAGAUCUAAAUGCAUGUUACUAUAGAAACUAUUAAGUAACUGGAAUUUGUCAAAUAAAGUAGUUCUUCUGUGUUUAGUAAAACUUAUAUAAUACAUAUAUUAUAUUUAAAUAUAUUAGAUUGUAUUCAAAACCCGUUGUUCUGUUUUUGUGGUACCUAAUUUUUAGAAAAUAUUAUUAAUGCAUAAAACAAAAGUAAACUCAAAAUAAUGCGUAGGUCAAACUUCUAUUGACAAAAUAAAAUGUUGUUAGAAGUGGAAAGCCUUCAAAUGAGAAAGCGACUAUAUUUUAUAUAGCACUGAAGUUUAGAUUUAUUCUUAUAGACCAAGGAUUAUAUGCCCUUAAGAUCUCUGAACAGGUAGAAAAAUUCAAAUAACAUCAAGGAUGCUUUACCUCAUUAAAUAUUCCUGUGAGCAAGGUAUUAUGAAAAAAACUUCUAAAUUUAUGCUUUAAUUUUAAAAAGAAUUGGCUGGAUGUCUGCAAGGUAGUGAGUUUAAAUUAAGAGCCAUUGAUACACUAUGAAUAAACUAAAAUACAAAAAAUUGUAAUUAUGAAAAAAAAGCUAUGGAUUCCAAAGGGUAAGAAAUCCCCCAAAUGGAGAACACAGGAGGUAUUUUAUAUCUCACAUUUGACCCAUUCUUAGCAUACCUAUAUUCUGAACUCAUCUCAGUAGAAUACUACAGGCAUUCCUCACUUUACUGCUCUUUGUAGAUACUGUGUUUUUUACAAAUUGAAGGGUUGUGGCAACCUUGCAUCAAACAAGCCUGUGGGUACCAUUUUUCCAACACCAUCUGCUCACUUUGAGUCUCUGUGUUAUAUUUUGGUGAUUCUCCCAAUAUUUCAAACAUUUUCAUUAUUAUCAUUAUAUUUGUUAUAGUGAUCUGUGAACAGUUAUCUUCAAUGUUACAUAGUGAAAAGAUUACAACUUGCUGAAGGCUCAGAUGUUGGUUAGCAUUUUUUAGCAAUAAAUAACUAAAUUGUUUUUUAAUUAAGAUAUGUAAAUAGUUUUUUUUUUUUU